AUGGGCGAGUCUGAUGGCACUCAACAAGCCAUUCAACUAAUUGAUGAGCAAAAGCGAUUUCAUGCUGAUGUCUUGGCGCAUUUCAAGGAGUGGAUAGGCCACCGUGACGUUGGAUUGAACUACCAUGUUAUUGCUGUGUUUGGAUCCCAAUCUAGUGGUAAAUCGACUUUGUUGAAUACCCUCUUCAAUACCUCAUUCGAUACUAUGGAUGCUCAGUUCAGAAGGCAGCAAACCACCAAGGGUAUAUGGUUGGCUCACACAAAUCAUGUCAAUACCGUGACGGAGUCAACGGCCAAGGGCUCUGAUCUGUUUGUAUUAGAUGUUGAAGGCUCUGACGGCGCCGAGAGAGGCGAAGAUCAGGAUUUUGAACGUAAGGCUGCGUUGUUCGCCAUUGCGGUCUCCGAAGUAUUGAUCGUCAACAUGUGGGAGCAGCAAAUCGGGCUUUACCAAGGUAAUAAUAUGGCUCUUUUGAAGACCGUUUUCGAAGUUAACCUAUCUUUAUUUGGCAAGAACAGAAAUGGCCAUAAAGUGCUGCUGUUGUUUGUGAUUAGAGAUCAUGUCGGUUUAACACCUAUGAGCAGCCUGAGUGAAUCGCUGGUUUCAGAGUUGGAGAAAAUUUGGUCGGAAUUAAGCAAACCUACAGAAUGUAGCGAAGCCUUGCUCACUGAUUUUUUCGAUCUUGAGUUUGUGGGGCUGGCACACAAACUCCUACAGCCAAAAGAGUUUGAAAACGACGUGAGAGCUUUGGGAGAUCAUUUCGUUUUUGAGAACCGUUCUUCAUACUAUUUCAAACCUGCAUAUCAUCAUCGUUUGCCUUUGGAAGGAUGGACCAUUUACUCGCAGAACUGCUGGGAACAGAUCGAGAACAAUAAGGACUUGGACCUCCCAACUCAACAGAUACUCGUCUCACGAUUUAAGACAGAAGAAAUUGCGGAUGAGGCGCUUAAAAACUUUUCUGCAAAUUAUCAUGAGAGCAUUGAGCCCAUGAUUGACGACAAGGACAAACUGAUUCGUGCUAUGAAAAAGCUCAGAGAAAGCUGCUUAGAUGAAUAUGACAGACAAGCCUCCAGAUACCUCGAGACUGAAUAUCUGGAGAAAAGACAAGGACUGCAGAAAAAUAUGGUCAGUAAAUUCACAGCAACGGUCGGAGAGUUUUUGACUAACUUCUCGAACUCUCUGUUGAAGGCCACUAGAGCUGCUAUUGAAGACAAAAAUAGCAAUAAAAGCUUUGCGGAGAGAUCUGAAGCUUCCCAAUUGAGUACCAAAGAGAAGUUUGCUGGAGUUGUCGAAGAAUUUAGUAAGGAAGAGUUCAUUAGCUCACCUGGGGAACUGACCUGUGAUUUUGAAAACGAUCUGCUGAAAGAAGUUGAGGAACUACGGGAGAAAGAAAUAACCGCAAUAAUGACUCGGGCUAAGAAAACCAUUACCUUGACAAUAAAGGACACGACGAUUAGCCUUCUUUCUCACCCUGAGCUCGAUGUAUGGGACAAAGUUAUGGAAAUGUUUGAGAGUACGAUCAAAGAAUCUAUUCACAAGUUUAUGGAAGACAACGGAGAGUACAACUUCCGAGUUGGAUUAUCUAGCGAACAAAAUGACAAGCUUGUUCGGCAGAUAUACCAUACUGGGUGGCAUUUACUGAAUGUAACAGUUCAUGACUAUUUGAAAGAAGAUACUGUAGUCGGAAUCUUGAGAGACAGGUUCGAAUCAAAAUUCAGGUAUGAUGACAGCGGUUCGCCAAGGCUGUGGAAGAGUGAAGAAGAAAUUGAUCAGGCGUUUCGGGUGGCAAAGGGGCACGCUCUUGAAGUUUUAGGCGUGCUUUCACUCGCGGCAACUUCCGACAAUGUCGAGAUCAUUGCUAAAUUUGACGAUUGUGAAGAUGAAGAAGACGAAUUCUACAAAGAUGACGUAGGCAUAUACCAUUCGAAAAGGUUUGCUCAUAUUCUGAAUGAAAUUCAAAAGGAAAAGGUCUUACAACAGUUCCGAAGACAAAUCAACGUCACUGUCCUGGAUAGUAAAAGAUCAAUUCUAAAAUCAACCACUUCUAUUCCCGUCUGGAUUUACGUUAUUAUCGUUAUCUUAGGUUGGAAUGAGUUCAUGAUGAUCAUCCGCAACCCAUUGUUCGUCACUUUGACGUUAAUCCUAGCUGUCGGUUUCUACUUCGUGAACAAGUUCGGGCUGUGGGGUCCAGUAUACAGUGUUGCACAAUCUGCAGUUGGGGAAACGAGAAACACAAUAAAGGAAAAGCUGAGAAGUCUUGUUCUUGAUGAACACGAACGAAAGCCAGUUGCGGUUGCCGAAUCGCUUGAAAUGAAAGACAUGUCAAAGAAUAAUGAGCUGUGA